AUGCAGACGGAGACUGAUCAGUUCAGGAGCGACUUCCACCGAGGUGCCCCAGGAGACACCAGGGCCGAAGUGGAGAUCAAGAAGCCAAGAGUAGCAACCAUUGGUGUGCUCUCUGUCUGUGAAUUGGCAGUCUGCGGGGGAGGCUACGACGAGACUUUCGACCCGAUGUGGGAUCCACGCCCGAAGCGAAGUUCAAGAUGCUCGGAUAGGUGUGAGAAGCAUUCGCUGAGAUGCCAGCUGAGGGAGUGCCGCCGAGGUGAGCGUGCAUGCAGGCGCUGCCUGAUGAGCCGCAUCGGCACGGAGCAGACCGAGCAGAUGGUUGAGGUCAGUGCCGAGUUGCGCGAGCGCCACCGGUGGAGCCCAAAGACGAUGCAUUACGAUUGCUACGCUGGAGACCCCCUGGGCGAGGAUCUGUACCAGAGUGGUCGCGACGACGAGCUGCAGGCCACGGGGGACUAUGGAGUCUACGGUGAGGUGGCAACGUCGACGGCGACCGACGGCAAGCAUAUCGGAGGCUUCCCCGUGGCCCGCAUGAAGGUAGGCCGAGUCAGGUGGAGGUUCGUGGCGACGGAGAUCAAGCACGAGGUGCGCGAGCGCAUGAUUCAGGUCUGGGACGUCAGAAAGGUUUUCUUCAACUCCGACCUCGAUGAGACAAUCUACGUUCAGCCUGGACGUGAGCUGCGCCCCCCUGCGAGGUGCUGGUGGCUGCGGAAGGCCAUGGGCGGCGCCGGGAAGGUGUUCUACUUGCCGGCGGGCCCCGACAUCCCUGCCGUCGACGAGGACAUCGCGGCGAUCUGCCGCGGAGAUGACUUACUGGCCGACGGCUCUGACGAGCAGCUGGACGAGUUGGGCGAGUUGCUGAAGCAGCAGUUCGAGGUCAGAGCAAGCGCCAGAUUAGGUCCUGGAAGACCUGGGUGGGCGCACUACCUCAAGAGGAUCAUCGGGUACGCCGACAAGCUGCCGGGUUCAGAGGAGCCAAGUUUCUUCUGGACAGCGGAUCCGAAGCACGUGGAUUUCACGACUCGCGUGGACACAGAAGCGAGGGUGCAAACCAGCUCCUGCCCCAGGGGCGAAAGCUACAGGCCCGACACGAUGCAUGCCAGCAAGGCCGCGAUGCAGCGCGCCUCAAACCCCAGCGUUCUGAUGCAUGCGCGAGUUCAGCGGCUUGGACUGUACUAUGAAGGACUCCAGUGCAAGACCUACUUGAUCGAGGCCCAGGGGCCUUGCAAUCUGAAGAUUUACAGCGACAGCACUGCUGGGCGGGGCAUGUGCAGCAGAGUGGGCGUGGGCAAGGGCGAGAAUGUGGCGGUGUACGAGGUGCCAGGCCAGGCAGCGGUUUGCCCCGCAUCUGUGCCCCGCUGCGUGGAUCGCGAGGAGUUCUGGUUCACCCUGAUGACGGGUGUCGUCGUGGUGGUCGCUGCAGUGUUUGUUCUGGGAUGCGUGUGCGGUUGCUACGCGAAGAACUACCUCUGGAUGGGCCCCGUCCAGGAGGCGGUUGGCCCCGCUCCUGGAGACGCCGACGUCUACCUGACUACGCGGGCUGACGCGGAGGUCAAAACCAUGAGUGUACAAGGAUUUGGCACGGAGCCUCGCCCAGCACGAUGCGACGGAGGAGCGAGGCGCAAGCUUUUCAACGCGUUUCUCGUGGUCGACUUGAAGCAGAUCUUAAGAGCCAACGGCCUGCGCGUGAACGGCCUCGAAGACGACCUGAUCAUCGCGGGGCUGAUCAAGAAGGGCAGCGUCCUAUCGGGUCGCCAGGCCAAGGAUAUCGCGCAGCUGAGAGUGGUGGCUACGAUGCGCGGAUCCCUGAGCAAGAUCAGCCCCCAGGACUUGAGUAGUCCUGAGGCCGCGCCAGAGUGGUUUGAGACGUUCAAGAGCGAGUGCCGAGAUCGCCCCGAUGAGCACUGCCUGCAGCACCCGCGGGACUCGCCGUGCCUGCAGGCGCCCCUCGCCUGGUCCUUCCGGGACGGGAGGCCGGUGCACCUGGUCGUACGGGACGCUCCCAGAGGAGGCAGCGCGCUGCUGGACUUUGCUCGAGGCGCGCUCGCGGACACCCGGGAGGAGAACAGGCGAGGGCUGGAGGGGCGCACUGGGCUGCGCGAGGGCGAGGCGCUGCUGAUGCGCUACCCGGAGGUCCCUGGGCGAGCCGCGGACACCAUGCGGGACACGCCGCAGGACCUCGACAUCGGCUGGUUCAGCCCCAGCGGAGAGCUGGUGGAGGUCGCCCCGCUGAGGGCCCGCGGCCUCGCGCUCACCUACUCGCGCAGCUCCAACGUGGCCUAUGGCCUGGAGGCGGCCGAGGGCGGCGACGCCGAUCCGUCGGCGGAUAGCUGGUGGGAGCGCGGGGUAGACGGGGCUCGACUGGCGGGGGCAUCCACGUCCAACUCCUUCUAUCCCGGGGCGGGGGUCGGCGACCGCCGGCCCAACCGCCUCCUGGUCGUCAUCGAGGGGGGGCGCGCCCGCUUGGAGAAGGUAGAUGCGCCAUCCCCCGCCGCCAACGCGCAGGGCCAACUCUACCACUGCGGCGCGGUGGUGGCCUGGCGCGAAAAGGGGCUGGCGCGCGAAAGCGGGGCCGUGCUCGCCCCACCAUGCUUUGCCCGCGAGGAGCAGUGCCAGCGGCCUUGCGUCUUCUUCGAGGGGGAGGGGGGGCAGCCGCCAGAAGGGCACCUCCUGGUCGCCGCUGUCAUCUUGGUCAAGACUAUGGGCCUGCGCUUCUCCGCCCCCCUGCAGCCGGCGAAGGGGGCCCGCCGAGCCGCCAUGGGCUACGCCUUCGCGCCCCUGCGUCUCCCCAUGGAGAUGUUGCGCAAGGCUCUGGGUGCUGUGGCGUUCGUCAUCCCGCUGGCGGCGCGCAAGACCGCCGCGGCGACCCACAAGCAGCGCACGAGCUGA